AACUAUGGAUCUCGGCCCAUUAAAACAAGAGGCCCAAUCGGGAUCUCUAUAUUUAUUUUUCGACCUGCAGCUCCCCACCGCUGAGUGAAGUCUAAACCCUAGCAGUAAACUCUGCUCCAGACACCUUCAGCCGGAUUCGCUUCUUCACGGUUUAGCAAUGGCAGUUGCAUUCUACAACCUGACCUCAGAUGCUGGCUUAAAGAAGCUCAAUGAGUAUCUACUUACUCGGAGCUACAUCACUGGAUACCAAGCUUCAAAAGAUGAUCUUACUGUGUACUCGUCUCUUGUGAAAUCUCCAUCCGCAGACUAUGUGAAUGUGUCUCGCUGGUACAGCCACAUUGAUGCACUUAUAAGAAUUUCUGGUGUGUCUGGUGAAGGCAGCGGCGUGACUGUGAAGAGCACUGCUCCUUCUAGCGAAGAUGUUGCUACUCCUCCAGCUGUUGACACAAAGGCAUCCGCUGCUGAGGAUGAUGAUGAUGAUGUGGACUUGUUUGGUGAAGAGACUGAAGAGGAGAAGAAGGCAGCAGAAGAACGUGCCGCAGCUGUAAAAGCCUCCGGAAAGAAGAAAGAGUCUGGGAAGUCUUCUGUUUUGUUGGACGUGAAGCCGUGGGAUGAUGAGACGGACAUGAAAAAGCUUGAAGAAGCAGUUAGAAGUGUGCAGAUGGAAGGAUUGCUCUGGGGAGCCUCCAAACUUGCUCCAGUUGGUUAUGGCAUAAAGAAGCUACAGAUUAUGAUGACUAUAGUUGAUGACUUGGUGUCUGUUGACAAUCUUAUUGAGGACCAUCUCACGGCUGAACCGGCAAAUGAGUACAUACAGAGUUGCGAUAUUGUUGCCUUCAACAAAAUAUAGUGUAACGUGGAAAAUGCUGUGGUUGCUGGUAUCGAGAGCUUAUGUUGCUUUUUUAUGACUUAAUUUCCAAUUUCAUAUUUUUCCUCUGCUGGGACUGGUGGUUAUGAAAGCUGUACUUUCUCUUUCACAAACCAUUUGGGAUUUGGCCUAUUGGUUUUAGUUCUUUUGCGUCUUUGUUUAUUAUGUCCUUGCGGGCAAUCUUGUUGUGGGAUAUUUUAAGAUUGAAUAUAUGCCGAUUGAGCCUUGGAUUUGCAUUCCCCAUA